UAUCUCGUUCUGUGUUCGGGUGCCGUUCGUUAGUAGAUGCUAGUUCGUUCGCAGAUGGUAAAAUGUGUGGAUAGUGGUGCCGUUUAUGGUGUUGUGUCUCACUUGAACAAAAGGAUUAGUGAUAACAGGGACGAAAGAUAAGAACGCUCCUGAUCGUGAUUUAAAAAUUUGUUUAUAUGUUAAUAACGGGGUGAGCGAGGGCCCGAACCUCGACGGAAACGCACGAACCUACGCGAAAACGAUCGCCGCUCUAUUUCACCCGCCUGCAAAAUAUAGUCUCUCUCGAUCUCUAUCCUUUAUCUCUAUCUUCCCUCGUUCACGAGAAAGACAUUGAACUCCCCAAGAAUAUUUUACAAGAAAUAAAAAGCAGCAUACGAAAGCGGCGAAAUGUCAUGCAGCUAUGCGGACGGGCUCUCGCCUUACGAGAACAAGGGUCAGCUGGGUCUGGAGGAGAAGUUCGACAGCGACGAGACUCUGCGAUUGAAAUGUGGACUUCUUGCCGAUUGGAUCCAGGCGGCCAGACAUGUUGUUGUUCAUACUGGAGCUGGUAUAAGCACUGCUGCUGGAAUUCCAGAUUUUCGAGGGCCAAAUGGAGUGUGGACGUUAGAACAAAAGGGCCUAAAACCUGAAAUGAAUAUUUCUUUUGAUGAAGCAAUACCCACAAAGACACACAUGGCAUUGAAGAAACUUGUUGAGGAUAAGAAAAUCAAAUUUAUCAUAAGUCAAAAUAUCGAUGGACUCCAUUUACGAUCUGGUAUUCAGAGGCCUCACCUUGCAGAACUUCAUGGAAACAUGUUUGUGGAGCAAUGCGAUAAAUGCGGAAGACAAUUCAUUCGCAAUUUUGCGACGAAAAGCGUCGGUAAGAAGUGUCUCGAAACUGUUUGCCGAUCUGAAAGAAUUGGCGGUCGUCCUUGUCGAGGUCGUAUGCACGAUACUAUUUUAGAUUGGGAACAUAAUUUACCUGAUAACGAUUUGGCUCUAUCAGAUCUCCACUCCAGUGUGGCAGACUUAAGCAUAUGUCUAGGGACAACUCUACAAAUAAUACCAAGUGGUAAUUUACCAUUGUAUACUAAAAAAUAUGGCGGACGUCUUGUAAUAUGCAAUUUGCAGCCAACGAAACACGAUAAGAAAGCUGAUCUGGUGAUAAACGGUAACAUCGACAGUGUAAUCGUCAGCGUAAUGAAGAAAUUAGGUAUAGAGAUUCCAGAAUAUAGAAGUGAUCAGGAUCCAACGCGAAAUUCCGACAUGACAUCAAGUGAAAUGGACUGGACAAUCCCAUUGAGCCGUAUAAAAGAAAUGAAGAUACUGUAUAAGAAAGUAUGCAAACCCAUGAAGAGAAAACGAAAAACAUUCAUGUAUGAGAGAGAAAGAGUUGAUUAUACAAAGAAGAUUAAGAAAGAGAAGAAGACCUUCUCUGUGAAGCAAGAAAUCAAGGACGAAGAACUGGACGAGGACGAAGAAGAAGAAAUUGAUAAUGCAUCAGAUAGUGAGAAGAAUGAGGAUCCUAGUCAAAAUUAACAAAAAAAAAAGGACUAAUGAGAAUGAAAGGAAUGGUAUUCUUAAAGUAUAACACCAAGAGCAACUCCUAAGAGAGUUUUAACGUAUCUCAUUAUGAGAUCCUUAAAAUGUAAUUUCUCAGAUUUGCUUUUUUCUAUCGUAGACUCAUUCUUUUAUUCUUUUUCUCUAUCUAGUGAAACGUGAGUCCCGUGAGAAUCCUGUGUAAAUGAUAAUCGACCGGCUGUAAUCCUUUCAAGAAUUAUCAUGAGAUAAUAGGUAGGAAACGGCCUUGGUUUUUAACCGGGAGCUCGAUAAAUUUACAGUUACGAAAAUUCCUACCAAAUGACGAACCAUAAUGCUCUAUGACAUUAUUAGAGAAUGAUUGUUGAAUAUUUAAAUGAUUUUCAAUGUUCUCCACUUAUUUUCGAUUUCAUGUACGUGCAAUUGACGAUCUUUGAUUUUUGUUCGCUAAAAGAAUGAAAUAGACAUAUUGAAUAUUACUUUUAACGUAAAGACAUUGAUUAGAAGUUAUAAUUAAGAUCUUACUGAGUUGCUUUUACUUUGUUCACUAAGAGCUUAGAGUAGUCAUGCGAUAUCUACGCUAUGUGUGGAAUUAAGUGUUAUUCAUUGAUUCUAGAAUAUUAACGUGUCGUUCGUGAUUCUGAAUUUUAUUCAUAGAACUAUAAUGUACGCAAUGAAAUAAAGCUUCUUAUUUUUAUACCUACA